AUGUUUCCCAGGUUUCAGCUGUUCCUCACCUGCGUUGCGGCGCGAGCCUUUGCACAGAACAGCCAACAAACAACCGUGGGAUACCAAGAUCCAGGCUACGGUCGCCCCAUUGGCCCUGCGGUGGGCACUCCUUACCAGGAAUAUGCCGACUUCGCUGGACCACCUCAACCAUACAGCACAAACUACGACAUUGUGGAUGAGCUAGGCAACCGGCAGUACCGCAGCGAGCAGGGGGAUGCCAACAACGUGAAAACCGGUUCGUACGGGUACACGGACGUAUACGGCCUCUACCGUCGCGUUAACUACAUAGCCGAUGCCAACGGCUUCCGUGCAACGGUGGAUACAAACGAGCCGGGUACAGCGCCCGGAGCUAGCGCCGACGUCGUGUUCAACGCCGCUCCUGUAGUCCCGCCGGUUCCAGGAGGAACUGCAGCUUCUGCAAGUUUUGGCGCUGCAAGAUACGGUGCUCCAGGUUAUAGCGCUAGGGCUUCAAUCCCGGGCUACAAUAACGGAUACGGCAGAUACGGGGCCUACGGAGCCCCCGGUGCUUACGGCGGAUACGGCGGAUACGGCCCAACUGCUGUGGCCAACGGUGCCUACGGGUACGGUGGGUUUGGGCGUUCCGGCUACGCUCCGUAUGGACAGGGCCUAGGAGGAUACGGCAACGGUGGAUACGCGCGGCCCAACGGCUACGGUUCGGCAUUCGGGGCUGGUCGAUAUGGCGCUGCAGGCUACGGCGGAUUCACUGCUGGUUACCCCGGUUAUCGCCGUCGCUAA